GAUGGACAUGGUGGACAUGAUGGAUGGACAUGAUGGACAUGAUGGACAUGGUGGACAUGACGGACAUGAUGGACAUGAUGGACGUGAUGAACAUGAUGGACAUGACGGACAUGAUGGACAUGAUGGACAUGGUGGACAUGACGGACAUGAUGGACAUGAUGGACAUGGUGGACAUGAUGGACAUGGUGGACAUGACGGACAUGGUGGACAUGACGGUGAUGGUGCUGGUGGCCAUGACCAUGAUGGUGGCCAUGAUGGUGGCCAUGAUGGUGGCCAUGAUGGGCCAUGAUGGGCAUUCAGUUCUUGUCACUGACCUCGUCAUCGACGACACAAAGGGCCCGUGCUUCUCGCUCAACACAGGUCGCCACAAGCUCCAGCUCAAGGCGCAGAAGCCCGAGUACCGCGCCGAAUGGAUCGCCGCCAUCUCGCCCCAUCUCUCCACACCAUCGGCUCUCGAGUCUGCCUCACUCAUCGCCCCGCCGCCGACUCCGGCCGCCGUCGGCGCGCCUCCCCCCGCUGUCGCCCCGCCGUCGUUUGCCUCCAACGCGGCUCCGCCUCCCCAUCAUCCGCGCCCGGGCAUGGCCGCAGGCGUCGCUGCAGGCGCUGUUGUCGGCGGCUCCGCCGCAUACGCAGCAUCGGCCUACUCCCCAGCCUCUGCGGCCACUCCGGCAUCGGCACCCCCACCAGCAUUCUCCGAUCCUCCCGCCGCCUCCACUCCGCCGCCGCCGGCCUUCUCCAGCCCGGCCGCCGCCUCGGCCCCGCCGCCACCGGCCUUCUCCGCCCCAGCCGUCGCCUCGACCGCCUGCGCCCCCGGCGCCACGCCCUGGGGCCCUCCCGCCAACCCGGCCGCCUAUCGCCCUGCGCUUUACUAG